AACGCGAUCUUCUCUUUUUUCUAUCUACUUUUAUUUCAUCAUCCUUUCGAAGUAUCGAAUCGAUAUGUAUUAGAGAGGACAAGCAUAACCUUUUAGCGUUGAGUUUUAUAAAUUUUUAUUUCGGCCAAAAUUAAUUGGAAAAUUUUCUGUUUGGCAUAAUGUUUAAUAAUUACAAAAAUUCCAACGAAUGUACGAAAAAAUUGUCUCUAGAAAGUUUCUCGUCAAGACGAAUCGGUGAUGCGAGGGAAAUCAACAGCUGUGAGGGUCCUCCUCAAAUGGGAUGUUGCUCCUGGAAGCAAACUUGCUGCGGCGGCGGUUGUUGCGAACCGAUUUUGCCGAACUGCUGUAAUAGCGAGCAAAAAAGCGCUAGGCCUCUCCAAAAAGCAAUGGUUGCACCUGCUUACAGUCCUUGGGAAAUGAUGAAUGGAACGACUCUAACAUCGAUCCUGGGGAAUAAUGAAACGGAGGAAGUGUUGUGUUCGAAUCUGCCGAGAACAACGACAUGCUACGGCGGAGAAUGUGGUAAAACUCCGAGCCAAAAUAGAAGUACAAGGAACACGGAGGAAACAGAAACCGAUUCGAAUCUUACCACUAUACGAGACUCCGAUCGAUAAAAAUAAGAAACUUAUUUGGUAUACAUAUGUACAUAUAGUGAUAAUUCCUAUAGAAAAAUACAAAAGUAAUGCAACGUGCGCGCCCGUGUGUUUAAAGUAUCGAACUGAUCGUUUGAUCUUCGAUAAAAGACAGAAAUUUGAGAAGAAAAUCUUUUUGACUUAAAAUCUUUUGUUUAAACAGAACGGGACUAUUAUUUCCCGAUCCAUGUCGAAUAAUAGAAUCUUUAGCCACGUUAUCCUUUUAUUCCAAGAAUCCUAGGUAAAAGAUACAAACCUUGAACCUUAACGUUCUCUACGAAAUUAGAGUUGGAAAUCUGGAGCGCUCCGAGUAAUCCCUUUCUCUUCUAUCUAUUAUUAACUAGGAUUAUCGAAAGAAAAGGGCAAGGAUAAGUUUCUCUUUCUCUCCAGAAAAUAUUCAAUUGAACUUUUCGACACGAUUCAACGUUACAAAUACGAUGUGAAUUAAUGCUUGUAUUUUACGAUCUCACAUGGGUCGAAAGAUAUUCGAUAAAUUUUUCAUCCAAGAAACGAAAAACCAAUCGUAAUAUUUUCGCCACAAUAAUAAUAAAUUUUGAUCUAAUAACGUU